AUGAGUGAACUCGAUCAGCUACGCCAGGAGGCUGAGCAACUCAAGAACCAAAUCAGAGAUGCCAGGAAAGCAUGUGCAGAUGCCACUCUGGCUCAGAUCACAGCCAAUAUUGAUCCAGUAGGUCGAAUUCAGAUGCGCACUAGACGUACCCUGAGGGGACACCUUGCUAAAAUCUAUGCUAUGCACUGGGGCACAGAUUCCAGGCUGCUAGUUAGUGCCUCCCAGGAUGGCAAGCUUAUCAUCUGGGACAGCUAUACCACAAACAAGGUUCAUGCAAUUCCCCUGCGCUCUUCUUGGGUGAUGACCUGUGCAUAUGCCCCAUCUGGAAACUAUGUGGCCUGCGGUGGUCUUGAUAACAUUUGUUCAAUUUACAACCUGAAAACCCGUGAAGGAAAUGUGCGAGUGAGCCGUGAGUUGGCUGGACACACAGGCUACCUGUCCUGCUGUCGCUUCUUGGAUGAUAACCAAAUUAUUACCAGCUCUGGAGACACCACUUGCGCCCUGUGGGACAUUGAAACUGGCCAGCAGACAACCACCUUCACUGGACACACCGGGGAUGUAAUGAGCCUGUCCCUUGCUCCAGAUUCCCGGUGCUUUGUGUCUGGGGCCUGUGAUGCCUCAGCCAAACUUUGGGACAUCCGAGAAGGAAUGUGCCGACAGACUUUUACCGGACACGAGUCUGACAUAAAUGCUAUCUGUUUCUUCCCCAAUGGUAAUGCUUUUGCCACUGGAUCAGAUGAUGCCACUUGCAGGCUGUUUGACCUCCGUGCAGACCAGGAGCUGAUGGUCUAUUCUCAUGACAACAUCAUCUGUGGCAUCACUUCAGUAGCAUUCUCCAAAGAGUGGACGCCUCCUUUUAGCCGGAUAUGAUGAUUUUAACUGCAACGUCUGGGAUACACUUAAGGCUGACAGAGCAGGUGUCCUUGCUGGUCACGAUAACCGUGUAAGUUGCUUGGGAGUGACAGAUGAUGGGAUGGCUGUGGCGACAGGAUCAUGGGACAGCUUCCUCAAGAUCUGGAACUAA